ACACAACGAAGAUCCGGUUUUGGCGCGAAAAAUGUCCCGCCAUCUGAUAAUUGAUGAAGUAACUCUUCAUUUACAUCGAGCUAUUCAAGGAAGGCGGACGCAUUAUCAUUAUAUUGUAGAAAGCCUUCGCGCCGUUGUGUUGAGAAUAGCUGGUGUCUCCCAACCGUUUUAAUUGGAGGAACCAAUUGUGUAGAAAUUCUUCUUUAAUUUCACAAAGGUGAUACACUACUAAAAAGAAUAUGGCCAUGCUCUUGAAAGUACUGUAUGGAGUAUUUGUCCUUGCUGUCUUCUUGCCGAUCAGCUUAUCCGCAGUGGAGAACUGUCGUCCUUGUGGACCUGGGGAAUACUGCAGCAACUUCUUUGGCAUUUGUUUGGCAUGCAAAGACUACUGCCCCGGAGAUACUGAUUGCCCCAGUGCAUGUAUCCCGAUAAAGCCGAACUUUACAACGAUUGCAUCAACGACAACAGGGCCUACUUCAACCCAAAGUGACACCACCUCUAUGGCUUCUGCUGUGGUAGUUCAACAAUCCACCAACGCAAAUAUACCAUCUGGAGGAGACAACACGUUGUUAGACAACAACAAAGGGCAUUUGGUGCUGUCAUUCUCCAUUCUGUCCUUUACUGUGUUCAUUGUCUUUCUCGGCUUAUGUCUAAGGUAUCGUAAAAACAUGAAGAUGCCCAGCAUAUGCCGCUUCGAAAACUCCGAAAACGGAACAGAGAUCGAGCUAGAAGAAAGACCCAGGAGUAACGGCUGUAACAAAACACCUGAUGGAUAUACCACUGUUAACGCUGACGAUCAUGAUAUCACAAUCCAACCAGGACCCUCCCAACCAGACUCUUCUAGACCUUCUAGACUUCCUGGGCCUAAUGCCGAAGCUGCAGCUCCUGCUGACCCUACACGUUCUGCAUCUGGCCCUCGUAACAAUACAUCGUCUGCAUCAACGACACCAGGGCCUACAUCGAUCCCAACCCACACCCCCUCUCAGUCCAUGACUACUUCGACAUCCUCUAGGGCUUCUGGUGUGGUAGUCCAGUCAGCAAGCGUACACUCAAACAAAAAUCCUCUGGAAUCUGAGAUACGCCAAGGAGCUCGUCCAUCUGAUCGACGAUCCUCCCUAAAGAGGACUCCAGAAACUCACAGGAAAAUAACCGACGGAAGUAAUGAGGGCCAUGAAGUUUCCACUGGGGCCUCUUCUUUCAACCCGCCAAAUGGCACGUGUGAAGACAUCCGGUGGGAACGCCAUUCUGGAGACGGGGACUGAUGACGUUCUAAAGUACAGUCAAACCUGUCUAUUAAGGGAAACGCAAAAAGUGGCCACUGUAAACAGGUGGCCGAUUAAGACAGAUUCUUCCCUUCCAGACGGAGACUUAAAGAGGUAGUCAUCAAGACAAGUUUGACUGUAAAAAGUAACACAUAUAGAACGAUAAGAUCGUUCUUGCUGAUACAGAAGACAUACAGAAGACGCCGACAAGAUGACGCCGCUGGUGAAUGCUGAUAACACGAAACAGUGCUCGAAUAAACGAACAAUACAGCAAAUCAGGCUGUCACGGCUUCAGAACAGGUCAACGAUUUUUGAAGAUGGAUUUCUGUGUAUUAAUCAAUUUAUGCUUAUGUGUUCCAAAUUAGGGGUGUGUGACACAAGACAUGCUGUAAGGGAUGCAUUGUGUGUACCCAAAUUUAGGACGGACACUUAUAAAAAUAGUCCUCUAAUUUCUGGAAUUAGAGUAUGGAACCAACUUAAAAGUCCUGUCAAAAUGUCACCUACUUUGAACAGUUUUAAACACGCUCUAAAAGCCCUGUUAUCUGUAGAUGACGUGUAAGUGAAAUUUUGGUGGUUUCGUGCAAAGGUAACCAUUUUUUUCCUAUUUGGAAAAUUAUGAAAUUUGGUUGACAUGGUUAUCGUUAUAUCAUGUAUUCAUACAUGUUGAAUUGAAUGUAAAUAUGUAUAUAACAAUUUUGGUAUCCCGUGCGUUAAGCUUUUUCAGAUUAUUAAAUGAACGUUUUUAAAAAUUGUAUUUAAUUUGAAAAUUCCAUUCACGUUUUUCAUGUAAAUGAUCAAGGAUGAUUCUUGAAUGAUCAGUAAUUUCAAGGGGAUACCGAUUAAUUUGUAUGUUACUUGUUCAUAUGCUUGUGUAUUUAUCUAUUUUGUUUUUGAUGCUGUUAUUUGUUUUUAUUAUUACCAAACAGGGCCUCAUGGAAGAUCACCAAAUUGGUGAUAUGUGCCACCCUGUAUAAAUAUCUGAAAUAAAUAAAUAAAUAAAUAAAUAUUGUUCUUAACAUGUUUAGGUGAAGGUCUUGGUCUUUCUGUUAGAAUAGAACUCAAGCGUCCCCCUAUUAAAAUGAAUGAACUUGGCCAUUGAUCAACCCUUUAUAUUAGCAUUAUAUCGUCUACAUAAUCAGAAUGAAGUAGUCGAAACUAGCAUUUAUUAUGUUAUGACAAUGUUGAUUCCUUCUAACAUCCUUUUUGUUGAACAUUUCGUCAGAACAUAAUGGAAACUAGCAGGCGCGUACGCAGGAUUUUUUCA